AUGGAACAAAAUCUACCAGUUUUACCCAAAAAAGUUUGGAGCUUGAUUCGGGUUCUUUACUUCAUGAUACGUAAAAGCAUAUCCAAGAAGAAGUUGCUGUUGGAUCUCAACAUGAUGAUGAAGCGUGCCAAGAUCGCCGGAAAAGCCUUGCAGAACCUCAUGUUCCACCACCACCAUUACUGGGCGGCGGCGUCCGCCACCAACGGCCGCCCUUCACCGGAAUAUUCCAACCACCUGUGUUUCCCUACCACUCCGCCGGGUGAAUACGAGUUCAGUUGUAGUAACAGUCCUUCUGAUAAAUUAAAAAACUACCCUUUUUCUCUAUUUCCAUUUCACAAGAAGCAACAUUCCGGUAAUCAACCGGCGGCGGAGGGUGUUGACGUGAUGGGUUUUAAUGCGGCGGUGUUGAAGGCAAUGGAGAUGAUUCACAGUGAGACAGCAUCGCCGGCGUUGCCAGGGUUUGGUCGGAGUCCGAUGGUUAGGCAACUAAGGAUCACUGACUCUCCGUUUCCGGUGAGUAGUGUGGACGAUGAUAAGGAGGGUAGCCAUGUGGAUGAGGCGGCUGAGCAGUUCAUAUGUCGGUUUUACAACGAUUUAAAGAUGCAGAAUAGUAAGGCAUCGUUUAGUUCAUCUUAA